AUGUGAUAAACUGGCAUGUUUGUAAUAUGUUGUUUAUUUCGUGAUUGGUGUUUUGGUACGCAAGUUGAGUGCUGCAGACAAUAUUUUUGUUGAGAAUGUUCUGCGUGAAAAUUUUAAUCUCGUUUAAAUGACGAAGUUUCGUUGUUUAAAAUGGGAGCUAAAGACUCUAAACCUUGUUGUUUAUCAUAUGAAGACGCCGUCAAGAGAGUCACUGAUGCAGAGCUUCGGAGAUUAAAAGAUGCUUUCAAACGCUCAGCAAACUUAAACUGUGUUAUUACCAAGCCAGGGUUUAUCAAAGAUGUCUUAGGCGAGUUUGUUCCUUUAAAACUUGCAGAGUACAUCUUUCAAGCAUGUGGAGGUACCAGCAAAGGAAUAACAUUCAAGGAUCUUUUAUCUGGCUUGGUCCUCUUGACAAGAGGAGAAGAACAUGAAAAAAUAAAAUUUAUCUUCUGUUUAUGUUGCAAUGAAAAUGGUACCCAUGUUCAAAAAGAUGAUUUAGUGCGUCUAGUUCAAGCAUGUGAUAAUGGAUAUGUUCCAGAAGCUAUUGCAGAUUGCUUUUCUGAUAGUGAACGUGUUACAUUUGAUGAAUUCAAAGAUUGGCUGCUGCACAGAAAAGAUGCCACUUCUUUGACACGCUGGUUAUUAUGUGAAAGGACUACUGUCACAUUGUCAAAUGAGUUAGAGACACCAACAUUUUACCAAACUCUUGCUGGCGUAACACACUUGCAAGAAACUGAUAUAAUAGAUCUUGAAAAGAGGUACUGGAUUUUAAAAACGCAAUCCAGGACUGGACGAUUAGAUUUGGACACUUUAAGGCCUCUUAUUUGUCCUCCUAUUCCUAUUGUUCUCUGUGAAGGUAUUUUCAAUGCAUUUGAUGAAAAUCAAGAUGGUCAUAUUGAUUUCAAAGAAAUGGCUUGUGGCAUCUCUGCUUGUUGCCGUGGUCCUGUAACUGAAAGACAAAAAUUUUGUUUUAAAAUAUUUGAUCAAGACCGUGAUGGUAUAUUAUCUGAAACUGAAGUGAGAAAUAUGGUCAGUGCCCUUCUGUAUGUAAAGAAUGACAAUAGAAAUCUCAUCAAAAUUGAAAUGGUGACUUCUCAUUCAGGAUCAGAUGUUUCAGAUAUCGCAACUGAGAUUAUGGCAGGUCAUGAUCCAGAACAACCUGGUGCUUUAACCCUGGAUGAAUAUCUUUUUUGGACAGUGGGCAGUAAUCUCUCUUUAGAAUUUUUGAAUAUCCUCUUUCAGGUUUGUCAUGUUAUAUUUGGACUGCGACCUUAUACAAAAGAAGACGAAGGUGAAAUUAUCAGAUCAUGGAUAGAAAGAGAAGAACGUAGAGGAAUGCAAGUUGGACAGUUCUGGUACUUGAUAGCAAGUGAUUGGUGGAUUUCUUGGAAUGAAUACGUUGAUUUCCAGGGCGCUUUAGCAAGUGGAUGCUGUACACCUACAUAUCCAUCUGGUAGUUUAAAAAGAAAUAGUAAAAUGCAGCGACGAGUUGAUGGUAGUGUUGCUCAGACUGAUGAUGGCAGUUCUAAUGUAAUAUUGUCUAGUAUAACAAGUGUGGGAGAUGAUACUACUCCAUCCCUGUCUGAAAGUAUAAACAGUAUAUUUAGUUCUCUAAGUAGUGAAGGCUCUUCUUUAUCAUCUAGAAGUAGUGAUCAACAGGGGAAUGUGUCAUCUGUUAUAAAGAAAAGCAACAGCUUACAGCCUCCUGAGCUUGUAAGAACUCCCAAUCAUUCACCAAAUGUCCAUAGAAGGACAUUUUCUCAUGUGCCACAACGUCCAACAUCAAUCGAUAACUCUUCACUUAUUGUUCCAAAUACCUUAAAAGUAAUAUUUCUAACUGGUGAAGGUGGAAGGUUACGAAAGAAUCCACCUCUUGUAUUGGGAAGAGAUUAUGUCUUGGUGCCAGAAGCGGUGUGGAGGGCUCUUUCCCAGUGGUAUGGAGGAUCUCCACCUUUACCCAGGCAGGUAAUAUUACCUCGUUGUGGGGUUCCAGAACUUGAAUUAUACCUUAUCACAUUGAAACUCUACAGGCAUCAGCCGAGUGCAGGACGUCCAGUGGCUAAUCCAUGGGCUGGUGCUGUUGGCAAUGUUUCAUCAACUUAUAACAGUGGUCCAUCCAUGUAUGUUGGUUCUCUUCCUCCAGUAAACAAAAGAUAUUUAGCUUACUUGGCAUCAUUUAGCCAUUUGGCUACUUUACGCCAAGUAUUUGAAUUCAUAUGUAUGCGUCUUCGCUUACGUCUGGAAGAAACACGUCUUUGGCUAUAUAAAGAUGAUAGUAACCUUUCACUUCUGGAAGAAGAAAAUUUAACUUUGCUACAAUUGGGAAUUGAAGAUAAUGAACAAAUUUUAAUUGAAGUUCGUAACAAAGACCAGACGUGGCCUGAAGAAAUGACAAAUGUAAUGAAUGCAAAAUUUGAUCAAAAAAGUCAAGGUCCAACUGAAAAAGGGGCUACUGGACUCAAUAACUUAGGUAAUACUUGUUUCAUGAAUGCUGCUUUGCAGUGUGUUAGCAAUACCAGGCCUUUGACAACUUACUUCAAUUCUAAUUUUCAUCUCUAUGAGCUUAACAGAACUAAUCAACAUGGAAUGAAAGGUCACAUUGCAAAGCGAUAUGGUGAUCUCGUACAAGACCUUUGGAGUGGAACGUCGAGAACUGUAGCGCCUUUAAAAUUACGAUUGACUAUUGGUAAAUAUGCUCCACGCUUUAAUGGUUUUCAACAACAUGAUUCUCAGGAAUUACUUGCUUUUCUAAUUGAUGGAUUGCAUGAAGAUUUGAAUAGAGUCCAUGAGAAGCCAUACUCUGGUUUGAAAGAUAGCGAUGGGAGACCUGAUGAGGAGGUAGCUGCUGAAGCGUGGGAAAAUCAUGUUCGCCGAGAACGAUCAAUAAUUGUGGAUCUUUUCCAUGGUCAGUUACAAUCAACUGUGAGAUGCAAGGUGUGUGGUCAUACCAGUGUGCGGUUUGAUCCUUUCAAUUACCUCUCUUUGCCAUUACCUAUGGAAAGCUGCAUUCAUCUAGAAAUUGUAGUCAUUCGCUUAGAUGGCUCUAAACCAGUUAAAUAUGGCCUUCAAUUAAAUCAUGAUGAUAAAUAUAUUACUUUGAAGCACCAACUUGGGAAGCUUUGUGGCAUACCUGCCCAACAGCUACUUGUUGCAGAAGUAUCUGAUGCUACAUUCAAGAGCAUUCCUGGAGAUGAACAGAGAAUAAGAAUUGUUGCAGGCAACAGCUUCUUUGCAUAUGAACUGUACAUUCCACAAGAUGUUGCUUUAGAAGAUGACAAUAGACAACCUAGAGAAACUCAUACACUAACACAAAUUCAAAGAAUGCCCCUAAAUGAAUCCUCACCGCCAAAAGUCUUUACUUCUCCUAGUACAAAAAAAGUGCCUGCAGUGGCUGUUAAUGGAGAUGUACCAAAGCCAAUGGAGGAUCGAGAAUCUGGGGACGGUCCUGGAAAAACCCUUUUCUCACUAGGAGAUUCUGAUACGGACAGCAUUGGCUCACAGAUGAACAGUCCACCUGCACAGCAGCCAUUAGGGCCAUGGAUUCUAGGAGGUGCUCCCAGUUAUUCCGGAAGUAUGACUUCAAGUAUAGUUAGUAAUUCUUCCACAAGUGAGCUCAAUUCUGAGUUUUAUCAAAAGAACUUUGUGAUUGCAUAUCACAGGAAAAUGAUACGACAAGAUGUAUACUUUCUAUCCAGUCAAAAAUGUAGACCAACUCUCUUUGGGUUACCUUUAAUCCUUCCAUGCCAUGAAAUGACCACAAACCAAGAUCUGUAUCAGGCUGUUUGGAUACAAGUUGCUCGCUUGGUAUCUCCUUUGCCACCUUCAGAAGCAGCUGUUUCAAAUCACGCUCAAGACUGUGAUGACAGCCUGGGUUACGAGUAUCCUUUUACUUUAAAAGCUGUGCAGAGAAAUGGCUAUUUAUGUGCUCAUUGUCCUUGGUAUAGGUUUUGUAGAGGUUGUAAAAUUGAAUGCUGUGAUGCAGAUUUUAAUUUUGGUUGUGCUGUUAUUGCUAUUGACUGGGAUCCAACUGCGCUGCAUUUGCGAUACCAGACAUCUCUUGAAAGGGAUUUUGCUGAUCAUGAGAGUGUAGAUGCUACUAGACGUCUUCAGACAGAGCCAAUCAAUCUCCAUGACUGUCUAGAAGCUUUCACUAAAGAAGAGCAGCUAGGAGAAGCUGAAAAAUAUUAUUGUUCUAAAUGUAAAGAACAUCAGUUAGCAUCAAAAAAAUUAAACAUCUGGAGGUUACCUCCAAUUCUGAUUGUACAUCUCAAAAGAUUCCAACUCCUUCAUGGACGAUGGGUGAAAUCGCACAAAAUUGUGAAAUUUCCUUUUGAAAACUUCGAUCCUACGGACUAUCUUGCAUGUGUACCUAGGCAAACUAUACUUGAAGCAAGGAAGAGAAAAGUAACAUCUUGUAACAAAUGCUUCAAAUCAGGUGUGCAAUGCCCUAAAGAAGAACAAAGCACAAAGGAUGGACUUGGUCAUCUAGAUCAUAAUGAGAAUUCCUGUUGUGUUAGUUCAGGACAGUCAUCUAAUCAAAAUAACCAAAGUGUUCCUAGUCAAAAUGAACUCAAUUGUGAUUAUUCUCUAACAAAUAAUAGCACCCAUGAUUCUUCUGGGAUUGUGUGUAAUGGCAUGAGUAACCACGACCCUGUGCAAUCUGAACUUUCUUCUGAUUUACAAGAUUUCCAUCAGCAUUGGUUAUUACCUAAUAUGGAUCCAUUUUCAUUAAAAUACAAGUUAUAUGCCUUGGCUUGUCAUUCUGGUAUCUUGGGUGGCGGUCACUAUGUAUCCUAUGCAUGCAAUCCAAAUCAAAAGUGGUAUUGUUAUAAUGACAGCAGCUGUAAGGAAGUGCAAAGAGAUCAAAUUGAUACCGAUUCUGCAUACAUGCUGUUUUAUGAACGAGAAGGAAUGGAUUACAUUCAGUAUAUGCCAGAUGUCAAGGGUAAAAUACCAGAUACUAGCGACAUAGAUGCCGAGUUCGAAACAGAUUUCCGAAAAAUGUGUAGUCUUUCGUAAUUGGAGCUUUUAUUUCUGAUUAGAAGGGGAGGGGGGAAUCUUUAUAUACAUAAUUACAUAUUCACAUUAAACACCAAGCUCUCAACAUGU